AUGGCUCAGAAGAGAGAGAAAGAAGAAACGGAGCUCAAGGUCCCCAAAAAUUUACCUAUUUGCACCCCUCAGGCGCCGAUUCCAUCACCGCCUGUACAGCUGUCCGUUACCGGAGGUAAUUGUGAGAGAGCGCCUGAUGGCUCGGAUCCGAAGGUUCCUGGCAACGACGAACAAAGAACUAGCUCGGCGACGUCACCGGAGAGGUCAGAUCUGGUGGCUGCUACGCAAAAGGUUGGACGAUUAGCUGCGGAGGUGGAGAAUCGGGGCGGAUUGAAGAGACCUAGAGAGGUGACCCGGUGUUCCGGGUCCGGGUGCAGGAAAAAGAUCGGGUUGAUCGGAUUUCGAUGCAGAUGUGGAGAAAUGUUCUGUUCCAAGCAUAGAUAUUCAGAUCGGCACGAUUGUACCUAUGACUACAAAGCGGCUGGCCGGGAAGCCAUAGCCAGGGAAAAUCCUGUUGUAAAAGCUGCAAAAAUCCUCAAGGUUUGA